AUGUUAUUCGAUGAAUGGUGCGGUGAUGAUCGCCGCGCUCGCGAACUCAUCCGUGUCUUUGUCCAGACCUAUAAGGGCCAAGCUGACUGUUCCUACCUGACGCCCGAAGAUGCGCUGCGCAAUGCAGCAGCAUUUCGAGUCGCAGGAGAACCCGGGGUCAUUCGCGCUGACCUGCAAGAGAUUCUGCGAGUCUUGCCUGCUGGUGUUAUCGCUCGACUUCGUUCUCAUCCGCUGUGCAUCUGGGUCAACUUGGACAACGGUGUAUGCAAGAAAGGCUGCUGUUGUCAUCACGUGGAUCUUCCCGAUGAGUACAUGAAGUGCAAGUCAAAUUCUGUGGAGAUUUUCGACAUUCGCGACUAUUUGCAGCAGACAAAGGUUCAACCGGCUCAAUUGCUACACGAAAUCUCGCACUGGGUGCACUUCGACAUAGUCCGCAAGGAAUGCAGCGCAUCGCAGAGUAGCAAGUGGAGAUCGAGCUCGGGUCGCAUCAUUAUGCCGGAGAACCAAUGCAUUCUGAAGGAGACGUCGGAUGUAGGGCCUAUCUAUAGCAUCUGUGGCUUUGGAAAUGCCUGCUUAAAUGGCAGAUAUGUGCUGGAUGCAUCAUCUUUGGGAUCAGCUGGCUCCCCGAGAUUGAUCAAAAUACAAGACGGCAGAGAUGUCACAGAAGUAGCAUGCCGAUGCACGGAUCGCACCUCGGCCCGUGACACCCCAGCCCCGGAUCGCUGGCAUUUGGAGGUUGGUGGCCAGGCCCUGGCAUACCGUAUUGGCACAGACUUCGGCGCGAGAGUAUCUGGUUGGUAUGAGUGGCUCAAUGAAGCCUGGUGUCCCACCACAGCCUGUGCCACUGCUGUCUUGAGCAAUGAAGCUGCCACAGCCCAUGUGGAAGGUUUCAGUGAGCGUGCCCUCAAUGGGCUCUUUGUAGAACUGGAGACGCUCCAGUCAGUUUAUGUCCGCAAGUGCACGGAGGCUGAAUUCAGUCAGAGACAACGGACAGCCAGGACGUGGCUCAAGACGGCCGCCAGUGGUCCGGACUUUACAUUGCGAUUCACGAACAGACGCGGCGACAUUGCAGAGCGGACGACUGCACUGCCGUUUGACAGGUGGCACAUCGAAAGCGGGUCGGACUGCAGAGCGUACCUUUGCCAAGCGGAUCCUUGCCGUGGUACCUGGCAUGAGCUAUACUCUUCCCCCACAGACGAGGCUUACGCUUCAGGGUUAAGGGUUUAG